AUCUGGCCAUCAGGAGCGGACUGUUCAAUUGAACAGAUUAAACAAAACUUUAAACCAAAGGAUGUUGAGCUACAUUAUAUGGCUGUUUUUGGAGAAAGACUGUUCCUAAGCUUUUACAAGGAUUCCGGAAUUCCCGCCACUUUGGUGUGGCUGCCAACCAGCGGCACGUCAACUGCACCUCCAACGCUUGCUCCUUUCCCCUCCUGGGAAUUACAUAAAAAUGACAACUGUGAUUCUAUUCAGUCAGCCAAAGGUAUGGAAACGGACACUGAUGGUCGGUUAUGGGUGCUUGAUCAAGGCAGCAAGAAAUGUCCAGGAAAACUUUGGCUAUUCGACCUGCUCUACAACGACACAAUCGAGCGCGUUCACCAGUUCCCGGCUAGAGUCAUCUCUCCUUCAUUUAAUGAAAGAUUACUUCUUGACAUAGUGCUGGACAAUUCGCCAGACGAUAAUCUAGCGUACAUCACGGACUCUGAUUCUGCGCACAUCAUCGUUUACAGCCGAAAAAGGGACAAAUCCUGGUCAGUUAAAACACCAGGGAGAAAAUGGUAUUCGUUGGCCCUCUCUGCUAACAGGGAAGCGAGGCGUUUGUACCUUGGAAGAUAUGGUUCUAAUGAACUCUAUUCAAUUUCUGUGUCUGAGCUGAAGAAUGAAGGCGGAAGCGCUGCUGUAAAACUAAUCGGUGAAUGGACCAAAUUUAACCUUUACAGAAUGGUAAUCGACAAUGCCAAUGUCUUGUAUGCUGCCUUUUACCGCCAGAAUUACCUCUCAAAAUGGAAUAUUUCGGAGCCCUUUCGUGAGCAGCGAUUUCAUGAGGUUGGAAUUUUGGAUUCUGGAAGGCCAUUUACUUUAGCUUUGGACACGACCAACACUUUAUGGAUGACGGAGAGAAACAAAUCUGAGAGUGGGAGCAGUAGUUUUAAACUACUCGAGGCUGCAGUCGGCGCAAAAUCAUAUCUAUUCAGCACAUCCACAGUUUCAACGGACGUUGAUGAGACCUCGGAACAGCAGGAAAUCACAGAAUCAUCCCUUCGUUAUAAAUCUACCCCUCCUCCCUCUUUAAAAACAAUUGAAACGCAGAGUCUACUCGGAGUCUUCUUUAUCAAUCCGAGUCCACGGAGUCAAUUUAUUGGGCAGACCCAACAGCGCUCACAAAGUCUGAUCUCUCUGCCGUUCCUGAUCCUUUUGCAGACUUGUCAUUGCGUGGCUGACCCUGAAAAUGGGAAGAACGUCCAUUUUCCAGGACAGCAUACAGUUUUCUGAUAUAAAAUAAAGUGGGUUGCAUUUCUAUGAAUAGUUAGUUUAAAAAGAACCUAGAGAGAUGAUCAUAACUCUAUAUUGUUUGUCGUCUUGUUUAACAGAAUAAAUUUUCAUUAUUUGUAGGAACUUUUCGAGUUAAAUAUGUGUAUCGCAUUAUAUUCCCUAAAAGUACUGUUGGUUUUUCUUAUCUAAUCAAUUUUUAAAUCUAUAUAGAGAUUUUGGUCAUAAUAAAGAAUCCU